AUGCAUGCGCUGCGUGACGUGGCCUGUGUCAAGUUAAGCAAAUCUGACCAGGGCUCAGGGCUGUACAAGAUGCUGCCCGCCAUCGAGCGCAAGCGGGCCAGAUGUGCAACCUCGCUUGGGCUGGCGGACUGCUACAUGGCAUACAUUGAGAACAAGGCCAUUAAGCACACGCGCCGCCACAAGCGCCGGAAGCAUUCCAUUCCAUUCCUUGGGAGAAGAUCUAGAUUGUCGGGCCAAUCACCAAUUGUGGCGCUGGCGGCGGUGGAGGUCACCAUUGCCAGCAGCCUCUAUCUUGCCAUGCAAGCCGCCAACUCGCCCGGCCCGGCACUCAUCCGAUCUGGGUUCUGGUUUGACCCCCGGGUGGUGGUGGAGCAGGUGAUGGGCGUGCUGUCCAACAGCGUGUGGUCCGAUGCGGCCUUACUGUGCGCCGCGCUGCUCGGCGGUACUUUCAUCUGGGUGCUGCUGGCUACGCAGUGCCGCUCCCGCGGCACAUAUUGCUGA